ACUUCCGUACAAACUAAGUCUGAUGUCUGACGUCAUAAGCUAUGUGCAGUUUAGUCACAGUAAACAAUAACUUCACACGGAAGACCAUUUCACCAUCGCCCUCAGCGUCAUUCUUACAUUUGUCUUUCAGGAAGGCUGCGAGAUAUUCACUGCUUUGAUUAAAAAUGGAUGACAUGCUUUUUCAGCUGAGGUUCACAACAAAACAGUUGGAAAGACUUUCAAGGAAAGCAGAAAAGGACCAAAAAGUCCAGCAGGCAAAAGUAAAGAAGGCCUUGCAACAAAAGAAUGUGGAAGGUGCCCAGAUAUAUGCUGAAAAUGCGAUUCGUAAAAAGAAUGAAUCGCUCAACUAUCUCCGCUUUGCUGCCCGAGUCGAUGCUGUUUCUUCCAAAGUUCAGACGGGUCUUGCAAUGAAAAAUAUAACCAAAGAUAUUUCUGGAGUCUGCAAGGCUUUGGACAAGGCAAUGGCGUCCAUGGAUCUACCUAAGGUGGAGCAGGUGAUGGAGAAGUUUGAGAAGCAGUUUGAAGACCUUGAUGUUAGAACUUCGACCCUAGAGAACUCUAUGGGGGCGGCCAUGACUCUGUCUACGCCCCAAGACCAGGUUGAGUCGCUGAUCCAGCAGGUCGCCGAGGAGAACGGUCUUGAGGUCAUUGACCAGCUCAAGGACUUACAGGCUCCGUCCGCGUCGGUGCGGUCAGCUACGGCAGACUCGGCCCAGGCCAGCAAGGAGGAUGACCUCUCCAGAAGAUUACAAGCCCUGAGAAACUGAAUGUUGUUCAUCUACCUUCCUGUACAUACGAUUGGGUAAUGAUGCGGCACGUUCACCUUCUACCUUCUUGUACAUACAGUCAAAUAGAGACACUGCUACGGAUGUCUGAUGUACACACUGAUACAGCAUUUGAGUUGUGUACAUACUACGACCGCAGCUGACAUCAUCGUGUCUGUUUGAUGACAGUUUGUGGGUACAACUUGUUCCUGUUUAUUUUUUCAUCAUAGCUAUUGAACUGACUGUUGGUUUGCAAAUGUAACUAAACCAUUAAUGCUGCUCUGCUGUAAAUACCCAGGAAAGAACAAUGAGUAGCAACAUGACAAAAUGAAUCACUGAUUGUAAAAUAUGAGGCAAAACCUUGAUUAUCUCAGAACUGCGUGUUUAUGACUCCCCUACUUCAAGUGGUGACUUUAAGUUUUGAACCGAAGCAGUCAGAUUUGUUUUCACCCAAUUGUAUUGUUUCAUCAGCUCUUUGAUGUGAUACUCUUAAUGACAUAGUCUUAAUGUAGUAUGUCACUCAUUUUGCCAUGUUGCUACACACAUUUCAUUUUAGUAGUGCAUGUCUUAGUGGAAGGGGAAAGAGGGCAUGGAGAGAGGGGGUGAGCGAGAUGCCACAGAUGAUUACAAAUGUGUGCAGGGCUUCUCCAUGGUGGAUUGGCCCUGCUGUGAAGCCACUAGUGGAAAUCAAAAAGACAUAGAGACAGGUCUUUGUGGACAAAUUUGCCACACUGCUACUGGUCAUUGUGUGUUUUUAUCUUCUUUGCUCAUCAGGUUGUUUGGGAAUUUUAAAAUAAUUUUUUUCCUUUGCUAAAAAUCACAGUGUUUUAGUGAGCAUUAUGUGUCAGAAUUGUGUUGGAUUGAGAACGA